AUGACUAUUCUCAUUGAUCAACAUGAUUGUUUUGGAUCUGAUGUAGAGGCAAAGACAGUGAGCGAGAAUGAGACAAAACUUGUUUUGGACGGUGGAUUUGUUCUGCCACAGGGCAACUCAUUUGGUCACACUUUUAGAGAUUAUGCUGCUGAAAGUCACAGGCAAGAAGGGGUGGAGAAUUUUUAUAGAAAAAAUCACAUUUACCAAUCCUUUGAUUUUGUGAAGAAAAUGAGAGAGGAGUAUGGUAAAUUGAACAGGGUAGAAAUGAGCAUAUGGGAAUGUUGUGAACUUCUUAAUGAGGUGGUGGAUGAAAGUGAUCCUGAUUUGGAUGAACCACAAAUUUUGCAUUUGCUACAAACAGCUGAAGCCGUAAGAAAGGAUUACCCAAAUGAAGAUUGGCUCCACUUAACUGGCCUUAUCCAUGAUCUUGGCAAAGUUCUUCUCCUCCCUAGUUUUGGAGGACUUCCUCAAUGGGCUGUUGUAGGUGACACAUAUCCGGUUGGUUGCAGAUUUGAUGAAUCCAUUGUUCAUCACAAGUAUUUUAAGGAAAAUCCAGACUAUAACAACUCUGCAUACAACACUAGAUAUGGGAUUUACUCUGAGAAAUGUGGACUUAACAAUGUCAUGAUGUCAUGGGGACAUGAUGACUACAUGUAUCUAGUUGCAAAAGAGAACAAAACUACUCUUCCCUCAGCUGCUAUGUUCAUUAUAAGAUACCAUUCAUUUUAUGCAUUACAUAGGGAAGGAGCCUAUAAACACUUGAUGAAUGAUGAGGAUAUUGAAAAUCUCAAAUGGCUCCAAAUUUUCAACAAAUACGAUCUCUACAGCAAGAGCAAAGUUCGAAUUGAUGUUGAAAAAGUGAAACCAUACUAUCUUUCACUCAUUGAAAAGUAUUUCCCUGCAAAGCUGAAUUGGUGA